AUGUCCAUCUGGUCCAAGGCCAUGUACGGCGUCGGCAACGGUUUCUCUUACGACGCGGGUAACCCUGUCGUCCCCAUCGGUCCGGGCCUCGCCUCGCAGGACGAGUGGUGGUUCAGGGGCCCGGCCUUCCGUGCGCUCGCCCCGGCGGCGAGGAGCGACGGCGCGGUCGAGCAGCUUCCCGCCGGCGGGUCCAUCACGUUCGAGAUCGCCUGUCACGUCGACUGGACGUCGCUCGGCCGCACGCCGACCGUCCCGGGCUCACGCCUCGACGCUUGCCCCACCGACGUCGGCGCCUACCAUGCCGGCGACCCGUCCGCCUCCGACAUCGACCGUUCGCUCGUCUCGGGCUGCGCUCUCGGCAUCGCCGACGUCGACGACAUCUCAAAGGUGACGAUGGACAACCUCGCCAUCUUCAGCGUCCAGCACCAGUGCAUCCAGCAGAAGCAGACGUCGUUCGACAUUCCCGCCAAGAUGCCGGCGUGCACGGGCUCCAAGUGUAUCUGCGGCUGGUUCUGGCUCGCCAACAACGGCACGGGCAACUUCUACAUGACCGCCUUCGACUGCGCUGUGACCAACUCGCCCGCCGACGCCCUCCCGAUCGCGCCGCCGCAGGACCCGAUCUUCUGCCGCGACAACCCCUCGAGCUGCACGACUGGGUCCAAGCGUCCUUUGUACGCCUACAACAGCCCGUCCAACGCGCCGUUCAUCGACAACAACAACCGUGCCGGCUACCACGCAGCAUGGUCGUUCGGCACGAACGGCGCGCAGAACGACAUCUUCGCCAAGGCCACCAACGUCACCGUCACCUCGGCAAGCUCGUCCGCUGUCAGCACGGCAGUCAGUUCCUCGUCGUCGGCGUCCGCCAUCGCCUCGUCGUCGUCGGACGUCGUCUCGUCGGCCUCCUCGACCGUCGCUCCCAGCGCGGCCUUGUCGUCGUCGGUCCUUCCAUCGUCGACUAUCGUCAGUAGCGUCGCCUCGUCGGCUGCGCCCGUCGCGAGCGCCGCCCCGCUCAAGAACUACGCUCGCGGUACCGCAACGGGCGCCUCGACCUGGAUCGACAACGGCGAGCCGCAGCUGGCGGCCGACGGCGACAUGUCGACGGCUUGGAUCAGCAACGGCGAGACGAUCAACGCCUGGAUCGCGUUCGACUUUGGCACCAACAUCGCCAUGAACCAGAUCGUUCUCAACGAGCUGUCGUCGUCGACCGACCACAUCACCAACUGCGCCAUCAUGCUCUCGUCGCAGGAGAUGAUCUGGCUCGGCCCGCUCAACAACGACGGCUCGGCGACGACGUUCAACUUUACGACCCGGUACACGUCGUCGCUCUACUUUGGCGUCUUUGGCGUGUCCGACACGACCGACAGCGUCGGCCUCACCGAGCUGCAGAUCUUCAACAACCCGAGCGCCACCAUCGGCGCCGCCGCGACCGUCCCUGCCGCGUCGGCGACCUCUGCCGCCGCCGCCCUCUCGUCUGCGGCCGUCAGUGCGACUGGCGGUACCCCUGAGGCGACGGUCUCGGCGACUAGCACGUCGAGCUCGGCGCCGGCGGCGACGACCACCGCCCUCACCAAUUACGCCCUGUCGGCGCAGAAGGCCGCCUCUUCCUGGAUCGGCGGCUGGGACCCGGCCAAGGCUGCCGACGGCAAGACCUACACUACCUGGGUCACCAACAACGAGCUCGCCGGUUCCUGGUUCGGCCUCCAGUUCAGCGGCGAGACGACGAUCAACCAGGUCGUCCUUUAUGGCCGCCCGAGCGCGUCGCAGCAGGUCACCAACUGCGCCAUCCAGUUCUCGGACCAGUCGAUCCUGCCGCUCGGACCGCUCAACGCCGACGGCAGCGCGACGACCUUCAACUUUACGGCCAAGUCGACGUCGUCGCUCUUCUGGGGUGCACUCGCCGUCACGUCGAGCGCGACGCAGGUCGGCCUGUCGGAGAUCCAGGUCUUCAACAACCCGUCGGCCGUCGUCAAGAGCCCGGCUCUCCCCGCUCAGAGCAGCGCCGCCGUCGUCGCGUCGAUCCAGGCCAUCGCGGCCGACACGGUGGGCGCCGUCACGUCGCUCGUCGGCGGCGUCGUCGGGGCCAUCCUGCCCGCCGCGUCGUCGGCCACCUCCCCGGCCGCGACCGCCGCAGCUUCGACCUCGCCGGCGUCGGCCUCGGCGGUCAAGCGCGGUCUCGUCGCCGCCCCUCGUCACCCUCGCGACUUCUCGAGGCGCGACGCCGAGCUGGACUCGGCGCCCGAGCCUCAGACGACGGCGCCCGCUCGUCGCUCCCUGAGCGCCGAGUCUCUCUUCGCGGGCAUCUCGCCUGUGUGGGACGCUCCGGUCGACUCGGCGUCGGCGUAAAAGCAGGCCUUCUGCGUCUUCCCUCUCCCCUGCCCCAUCUAAUCUGUAGCAUCCUCUCGCGUCGUCGACGUCCACCUCCUUCUCUUCCUCCUCGUGUCGUGCUUCCUCCCUCAGCAUGUAGCAGCAGCGCGCUCUCCCUCUCUGUCUAUACGUCCACUCACGCACUCCUUCAUGUAGCUCUGCAACCUGUACUACCCGCCUCCCUCCUC